AUGACAUGUGCUGUGGUGUUAUUGGCGGACGAGACUGCCAAGGCAAAGUGGGCCAACUGGUCGACUCGUACACUCUGGACACUCAUCAUGAUCGGAGGCUUCUUUGCCUGUGUUGCUGCUGGACCCGCUGCUGUGAUUGUGUUGGUUGUCGUGGUCCAGGGCCUCGUCUACAAGGAAGUCAUCUACCUCGCCGCUGUCCCCAGCAAAGAGAAGAAGUUGCCCUGGUUCCGCGCCAUGAACUGGUGGUUUUUGUUCAGCACGAACUACUUUUUCUACGGCGAGAGUUUGAUCCAUUACUUCCAGCACGUCGUCUUUGUCGACGCUUUCUUGCUGCCGCUCGCCACACACCAUCGUUUCAUCUCCUUCACCCUCUACGUCAUUGGUUUCGUGUUCUUUGUUACCAACUUGAAGAAGGGCCACUACCGCUUCCAGUUCUCGCAGUUUGCAUGGACCCAUAUGACGCUCUUGUUGGUUGUCUGCCAGAGUCAUUUCAUCAUCAACAACAUCUUUGAGGGUCUGAUCUGGUUCUUCCUGCCCGUCUCGCUCGUCGUUGCCAACGACAUCUGGGCGUACAUUUUCGGAUUCUUCUGGGGCAAGACUCCCCUUAUCAAGUUGUCGCCCAAGAAAACUGUCGAGGGAUUCGUUGGUGGCUGGAUCAUGACCAUCAUCUUUGGCAUGCUCUUUGCGACGUUGUUCCUGAAAUAUUCAUACAUGAUCUGUCCAGUCAAGGAUUUGCGUGCGACGGCAUUCAGUGGACUGACAUGCGACCCCAACCCAGUCUUCAUCCCUGUGAAGCACAACCUCAAGCCUUGGAUGGUCUCGCUCAUCCGUCAUGUUGGCGUCCGCUCCACCCAUGUCAUGAUCGCUCCUUUGCAGUGGCACGUUAUCAUCAUGGCCUGCUUCGCGUCAGGCAUUGCACCCUUUGGAGGCUUCUUUGCUUCAGGAUUCAAACGCGCUUUCAAGAUCAAGGAUUUCGGCCAAUCGAUCCCUGGACAUGGAGGCAUCACUGACAGGAUGGACUGCCAGUUCUUGAUGGGCCUGUUCUCUUACAUGUACUACCAGAGCUUCAUCAAGUCGUCGGCCAUGACUAUUGGGUUUGUGCUGCAGUCUGCGGCCAAGUUGAAGGGAGCAGAGCAAAUGGAACUGUUUGACCAUUUGAGGCAGUAUUUGAUUGGGCAGGGUCUUUUGGAUGAGGAAAGUUGUGUGAUCAUGCCCCCCAAGGAAGCCUGGGUCUCGUAG